AUGGCCAAGACAAAGGUUAUACCUAUAUCAACACCAAAGUUCAAAUUGAGAAAGAUUGUAUUGAACAAUUCACAAUGGACUGAACAGAAUGCCAAGGCGUCAUUGAUGAUAUUGGAGGAUUCGAUACUUGCCAUCCAGAAUAAGAGUGCAUCUCGUCUGUCCUAUGAAGAACUCUACAGGAAUGCCUACAAGAUGGUCACCAACAACUGUGGCCCACAACUCUACGCUCACACACGAUCACUCGUCCAGAAGUACCUGGCACAGGUCACCACCCAGCUGGCCGCUGGUGACUCACAUGGCGAGGCAUUCCUCACAGAGUUGUCCGCAGUAUGGUCACACUAUCGCACACACAUGCUGAUGGUGUGCGAGGUGUUGGCAUACUUGAACAUGACAUAUGUGCCCAAGGCCAAGUUGACGCCACUGUACGACAUGGGCUUGGACCUGUUCAGGGAGCUGGUGGUCAAUGCCCCCACCAUCCAAUUCCGUCUGGUCAAGACUCUGUUGGCCGUCAUACACAAGGAAAGAGAUGGUGAGAUCAUCGAUCAAUCAUCGCUCAAAGAUGUGGUCAACAUGUUGUUGGAGGUCAGUGCCAGCCAUCAUUCAAAAGUCUACGAAUCAGUAUUCGAGACUCCAUUCAUCGAAGCCAGCACCAACUACUUCCAACUCGAAGCACAGAAUCUAUUCAGUUCAUCAACAUGUUCGGAUUAUCUCAAAAAGGUGGAACAACGAAUCAAAGAGGAGACAGAGAGAGUGGCACAUUAUGUCAACUCCAGUACUGAGUCCAAGAUGAAGAUAUUGCUCGAGAAGAUAUUCAUUGGCGAUUAUGUCUUGACCUUGUCAAAUAUGGAGUCUGGAGUCAUUCCAAUGUUUAGAGAGGACAAGUUUGAUGACUUGAGGAGGAUGCAUUCGAUGUUUGGAAGGACAUCACAUGGUGUACCAACAAUCUAUCAGAUACUUAGACAACAUCUAAUGGAAGUUGGAAAGUCCAUUGUAACCGAUGAGGAGAAGUCCAAAGAGAGUGGAAACUACUUCAUGGAACUCCUCGAGCUAAAGGACAAGUGUGACAAACUCCACAAGUACUCAUUCAACUUUGACAAUGCAUUCCGUGUCCUCGUCGACCAGGAGUUCAUUGGCUUCAUCAACAAGAAUCAGAGAUCGCCAGAGUUCAUGUCGUUGCUGUUGGAUGAUAAGUUGAAGAAGGGAUUCAAGGGCGCCAGUGAUGAGGAGAUUGAUGAGUUGUUGGAUAGGAUAUUGGAGUUGUUCAACUAUAUUGAGGAGAAGGACGUCUUUGAGAAGUACUACAAACAACACUUGGCCAAACGUCUAUUGCUUGGUAGAAGUGUAUCGGAUGAUACAGAGCGCAACAUGAUCAGCAAGUUAAAGACCAUCUGUGGCUACCAAUUCACCAUGAAGCUCGAGGGCAUGUUCACUGAUGUCAAGGUGUCCAUCGACACAUGUGCCUCAUUCAAACAGCAACUCGAGAGGACAGAGCGCGCAUUACCAUUCGAGCUGAAUGUCAAUGUGUUGACUACUGGCUUCUGGCCAAUCCAAGGCGCACAACCAUGCAAGUUACCAGCGGACAUAUUGUUGUGUUGUGAUAUGUUCCGUACCUUUUAUCUACGCGGCCACUCUGGUCGUAUACUGACGUGGCAGACCAAUCUGGGCACGGCAGAGCUACGUGCCAAGUUUGGCAACAAGUCGCAUGAGCUACAGGUGUCCACACCACAGAUGAUAAUGUUGUUGCUGUUCAACGAUGUCGAACAAUUGACAUUCAAACAACUUGAGGAGAGCAGUGGAUUGAGUGCCAAGGAGUUGCAAAAGAACCUGUUGGCGCUGACCAACUCCAAGAACAAGGUGUUGGACAAGGAGCCCUCGACCAAGACAGUCUCCACCACCGAUGUAUUCAAGUUCAACGCCGGAUUCAAGAGCAAGCUCUUCAAGGUCAAGAUCAUGUCCGUGGCCCAGAAGGACACCGUUGUCGAGGUCACUGAGACCAGAGAGAAGAUUGAAGAGGAGAGGAAGCAUUUGAUCGAAGCAUGUAUUGUACGUAUUAUGAAGUCGAGGAAGACUUUGGACCAUGCCAACUUGGUAUCAGAGGUCACAAGUCAGAUGCAAUCAAGGUUCAUUCCCAAUCCAUUGAUGGUCAAGAAGCGUAUUGAAUCAUUGAUCGAAAGAGAGUAUCUGGAGAGAACAAAGGAGGAUAAGAGAAUAUACAACUAUCUUGCAUAG